AUGUUGCCCUAUGUCGACCAGCGAGUGGUGGUACUGGAGGACCUUUCGGCCACGCGGCGGCUGCUUCAGCUCCGCGAUGCCCCGGUGGCAGCCUUGGGCGCAGAGGCAGAGGCCCUGAGUCCAGGCGGCUGCAUCCUUCUUCUGGCUACAGCCAGCGGUGGCUUGCUGGCUAUCUCUGCCUUGCGCACGCAGAAGGCCGUCACCCUUUUCGUCAACGACCAAGCCAUGCCGCUCAUGUGCGAGGCUUCGUGGUUGCCGGCUGCCCUGCCGGCGCCCCCAACUGCCAGCGAAGAGAGGUGGCCGGAGAAAGCGGUUGCUCAUGCGGUAGUUGCAUGCUUUGCCUUGGACAGCAUGCGGACCAUGGCCAGCUUUGAAGAAGUGAAGGCCUUGAGCUCCGAGGAUGAGGAGUCGAAGAACUCCUCCCGCAUCCUAUCCAUUCAGCGCGUGCACGAAGAUGAGGAUGAGGAGUCGAAGCACUCCUCCCGAUGGGGCUUCCGAGUGCCACCUCUGCGAUCUCUACCUUUCAGCGGUCUCAAAAUCGCCGUCCUCGCUGCUGCUUGCUUGGCAGCGGCAACGCUCUUUUUCCAGAGCUCGAAGCCCUGCAAGCCGCGGGAGUUCGUAAAUUUUGGAGCUUUGCAGGGGAAAUCUGCAGUGGAUCUGGAAGCAAACAUGGCGCUGAAAGCAACUUCCUUGAAGCGCAUCCAGAGCAGGAAAUUGGCAGAUGAAGUAGUGAUGAAGACCAUGAAAGCCGCGGGACAGGAGUAUUCCAAGCAUUACUACAAUCGCGAGGUGAGAGCGUUGCCUGCCGACCCUGCGGAUGCCGCUCGUGAAAUGCUCACCAAGGAGGAGGCCAUCGCUUACAGGGCGGCCAAGAAGAACAAGCGCCUCACAGAGGGUCGAACCGUCUUCUGCGCUUUCAAUGUCCUCGAAGCCUUCGUGUCAGUUGUGGGUCUGGGUGACGACAUCAAUGCAAUUAUCAGGGUUUGCCCGCCUCCACGUGAUGGAGAAUCAGAGUUGGCGUGCCAAGUGGAUGCUGCCAUUCUGGUGGCAUGGGUUGGCAAUGCUGCUGCCAAGCUGUCUUUCGCGGCCUCCAACUGCGCAACAACCAUCAAGGUGAAUGCGCUCUGUGGCGUAGGUGUGACCGGCCUCGUCUCAGUUGUGGGCGAGCUGGCAGCCACCGCUUCUCUUGCCGCGGCGACUUGCACCGCAACUCCACCCAGCCUGACCACAACGGCAAUCGGCGAGCUUGGCGACCAAACCGUUCGAAGAGGACGACGACUACUGGUUGGCGAAGGGCGGGUUGGCGUCGGCUUGCAGUGCUUUGUGGAUGUGGGAAUGGUUGCAAGCAACAUUGCCAACAUGGGUAUCUCCAUCUUUCAGGCAGUCCAGAGUGGAAGUUGCGGGCACAAGGCUCUGUCGUCGCCUGUCAACAAGCUGACUGGGAUCCCCGAGGCUCUUUGCACGGUGGACAUUGGCGGUGCCAUUGCGUACAUUGGCCAGGUUGUCACCUUCAUCAACUUGGUCGUAGUUCAUUGCCAAGACUUCUUGGACGUGAGCGCCCUGUGUGGUGCGAGCAUUGCGGGAAUCACUACGGCAGCAGCUGCAGUGGCCCCUUACGGCGCGGCAGUGCACGCAGCCUGUGCCAGGAACGCAAUUGCCAAGGACGCCGCAAUCCAGGCAAAGAUCAACAGCCUUUACACGGUGCCUUCCUUGCAUCGACGCUUGAAUGAGGUUGAGGAUGCAGUCGGCAACCUGAAGACCAUCCGGCGGAAGCUUGAGCAACAUCUGGGCUUGAAUGUCACAGGCUCCAGCACCGCGGUCUCAAGGGCCGACCUGGAGAACAUGAUUCAGCUCAUUGAUGGUGGAGUUGAUGAGGAGAAGAGGUCCACACGUGGAUCGUUGAUCUUCUCUGAUGAAUGUAAGGAGUGA